GUAGAGCUGAUGAGGGUGAAGGCUGGGCAGCAGAUGGAGGAAAGCCAGCUGCGCUACAACCAGCAGGUCCUCCAGCAGCAGUACAGGGAGACGACCGCCCUGGUCAGCGAGGGCAGACGCACACUCAACGCCCUCAGGCCCACGCUUAACAGCAAUAGGAGAAAGACAGAGGAAGCCGACUGCAGGCGCGUGGCAAGGGAGCAGAGCGUCGUGCGAGAGGUGAAGAGAGUGAAGGAACUGAUUCAGCAGUACAAGGACAGACUCGGCCACACCACAACCUUCUAUACUCAGCAAGCCCGCGGCCUCUCUCUCAUGCACUACGAGGCCAUGCACCAGCUGGUCAUGGAGAUCGUGGAGAUGGACCGCGGGAUCCAACACGGGGUCUUGGCGCGCGAGUGGGUGGAACCCGACCUCUCGGCCCUCUCGGACCUCUGCCCCGCCCUCAGCCCCGCCGACACCCCUGCCCUCGCUGCCGCAUCCAGGAUACUGGCUCCCUCAAGCGAAGGGUCAGUGACGGGAUCGGACGCAGACACCGGCACUGUCGACGAGGACUUCCUGACGCGGCUGGCGGAGGAGGCCGCCUUCCUGGUCAGUGGCGACAUCUCUCAAAUGCGCCACCACGGUCCACUCCUCCUGCUGGAACAUGUCUUUUGGGAGCUGGGAAUCCACACGGAGAAUGACGUCACACGCCUCCUGAAGCUCGCAAGGCGCCACCUAGCCUCCCGGCCGCCGCCUCCGCAGCCUCCUCAAAGGCAAAGGGAAGAUGCCCUGGCCGAUGGGUAUGACGUUGAAGCUGACGAGGGUAUAUCAGAAGUCGAAGGAAUAUUUACAUCAGAGGACGUGCUGGCAGUUCUCGUGACCUUUUGCUCGUCGAGGAAGGACGGAGGCGUGGGGAAGGAGGCCGAAGGGACAGAGGCCCUCGAGCCCCACUACGCCGGCGAGAAGGAGGAAUCCGGGCGCUGGAACUCCUUCUUGGAGGCUUUCGGCCGCAGGACCCGCGCCUGGACCGCCAUUAGACACGCCCUAAGCCAGUACCUGCAUGUGUUGGAAGGGCGCCUUGACGAGACGCGGAAGGUGGAGCGGCUGCGGCGGGAGAACGCGGAGUUGCGUCACCUCCUCCACGGCGUUACCUUGGACUUGUGACCUGUGACCUCUCUUGUAAUCAGGAGAGCUGUAUAUGAUCCACCUUGUAACUGAAGAAAGGGUGUGAUCACAGUCAUUUUUCCCCUCGAGCUUAUCAACUUCAUCCCUGCUGGAUACCGAGGCAGAUUUCAUCUUAAAAAUUAUCAUUAAGCUUAACAACUUCCUCGAAAUAAGACUUAAUUUGGCUUAAAGUCGAUCAAAUUACCUAACCUAGCAACCUAAUCCAAGGAUUUUAUAUGAAUACUCACCUUGGCCUAUCCUACGCUCUCUGGACACAAGGGCAAUGCAACAUCAGGACAUCCCUGUGGCUCUGCUGUCAUCAGCUGUCAUCAUGAGAACAUCAAGCAAUCUUUCAUGCAUCAAACCCCUUUUUGCAUUUGAGAAAAUAUCGUAGUGCUUUAUACAUUAUGUACUGUUGAUUUCCAUGAAUAAAAC